AUGCACACACAAAACGAAGCACACAGCGGCAAUCAUUGGAAUGGCUAUUUAAAUAUUUUAUCUCUUCGACGACAUUUGAUUUUGAUAUGGUUAGAGUAUGGAAGCGCUCAUUUUCAUGAAUAUAUGAACGCGACGACAAUAAAAGAAGAAAAAAACUUCUCAAAACGGCACGUGAUGUGCGAGUGUACAAUGAAAAAACACAGCCCCAUCGCAGACAUGGAACAAGCAUGGAAAACUUGA